AUGCCGCUGACAGUUUCUUCCUAUGGUUCAUUUGAGUCUCUUGUCUGUCAACUAGCUGGCUCUAUUCCCACCAUUGUUGCAACUAUUUACCGUCCCCCUAAAUUCAACAAAGAGUUUCUGAAUGACUUUUCUGCUUUUUUAGCUUAUUUGUCCUCGUUAUCUUCGAACAUAAUAAUAAUGAGUGAUUUUAACAUUCAUUUGGAUAACAGUAAGUCCUUGGCGACCAGAGAUUUUAUCUCUUGUCUUGAUAACUUUGACUUUCAGCCGUUUAUGGAAACCCCAACACAUUCCAAAGGACAUAUCUUGGAUUUAAUCUGCUGUACUGGACUCACUCCGAAUGACUGUACUGCGGAAGAAUUUCCCUCUUCAGAUCAUUUUCUCCUUACAUUCAAUAUGAGUCUUACUGUCUACACCAUCAAACCUCUUCAUGUAAUAGCUUUUAGGAAUCUUAAAAAUAUCAACAUGGACAAUUUUCAAUUAGGUCGGCAAUUAGAACGGCUGUACAAGAAGACAGGUCUUAAUGUUCAUAAAGAAAUGUAUUCCAGCCAUAUGCAUCACUACAGGGACAGCAUACGGCAUGCUAAAGCUGCCUAUUUUACUGCCUUAAUCUCUUCCAAUAAGGAGAACUCUGGAACACUUUUUUCCCUGCUCAGAUCGCUAACAAGUCCCCCAGACUCUCUUUCCUUGCACUGCCUUUCUAACGAAUUCUGUAACACCUUAAUGACAUUUUUUAAUGAUAAAAUCCAGGCAAUACAUUAUAAUUUAGGCUCUGCUGCUACUGACACCACCACUGAUGAUUUUCCUCCUCCUACUCAUUCAUUUUCCAUGUUUGAGCUUCCCUCCACCUCAGAAAUCAUGGAUCUCAUCAAUAGCUCUAAGCCUUCAACCUGUCACCUGGAUCCAAUUCCCACUGCAUUGGUUAAAGCCUGCCUUCCCUCACUAGCUCCUCUCGUUGUUUCAAUUAUUCACUCGUCACUUUCUACCGGAAUUGUUCACCAGUCUAUGAAAACUGCAGUUCUUAAAAAAACUGUGGCUUCCCAACUACAUCAGCAUUUAUCUGCUAACAGUUUAUACAAACCAUUCCAGUCAGGCUUCCGAUGUUUUCACAGCACUGAGACGGCACUAAUUAAGAUUACUAAUGAUCUCUUAGUGGCUGCAGACUCAGGCCUAAUCACAAUCCUUGUUCUUCUUGACCUCAGUGCUGCAUUUGACACUGUCUGUCACUUCACCUUACUAAAAAGGUUAUCUGCGCUAGUCAGCAUAGAAGUCGACAAUCAAGAUGACGUCAGUUCAGAUGGCAGUGAAGAGGAUGAAACAGAUGUGGAUAGUGAUGAAGAGGAAGAAGAAGAAGAAGUAAAACCCAGUAAGUCUACAAAAAACACAACUACAGUAAAAAGACACAUAAAGGAUGCUGAGGAAGACUCACACAGUGUGGCCAAAAAAACAGGUAAAAGGAGCAAAGAAGAAAGUGAACAUGGAAGGAGUAAAAAUAAGGAGGAUAAGCUAAAAGUAGACACUACAAAAAAUAAAAAGAACAGAAGAAAUGAAAAAACAAAAAACAAAUCUGAAGAGGAGGAAGAUGAAGAUGAAGAGGAAGAACAGCCUAAGCACAAGCAUAAAGGCAAACAUGGGAAGAAAAAAGUUAAGUCAGGAAGUUCGUCGUCAGAAGAAGACGAAGAUGUAAUAACUGAAGAAGAAUUGGCAAAGCUUAAAGAAGCAGUUGAAGAGAAAAAGAAGUCAAUUACAACCUUACGAAAUCAGCCAUGGCGUAUGAAAAAGAAACUGGAAACACUAAAAGAAGCCCAGGAAUUUAUAGAGAAAUUUGAAGGUGCCCUUGGAAAGGGCAAAGGAAGAAAGUUUUAUGCAUAUAAGGUGAUGAUGCUCAAGAAAUGGAUGAAGUUUAAGCGGGAUUUUGAAAAUUUCAAAACUGCCUGUAUACCAUGGGAAAUGAAAAUAAAGGAAAUAGAAAGUCAUUUUGGGUCCUCUGUGGCUUCGUACUUCAUUUUUCUGAGAUGGAUGUACGGGAUUAACAUGGUUUUGUUUGGUCUCACUUUUGGCCUUGUCAUGGUUCCUGAGGCACUGAUGGGAAAACCCUAUGGCAGUAUGCCAAGAAAAACUGUACCAAGAAGUGAAUCUUCAACAGCUAUGGACUUUGCAACUCUGUGGGAUUUUGGAGGUUAUGCACAAUACUCAGUGCUGUUUUAUGGAUACUACAACAAUCAACGUGCCAUUGGGUGGCUUAAGUUUCGUUUACCACUCUCCUAUUUUUUGGUUGGAGUUGGAACUAUUGCUUAUAGCUUCAUGGUGGUUAUCAGAACAAUGGCAAGCAAUGCCAAUCAAGAAGGUGGUGGGGAUGACACUAGCUUUAACUUUAGUUGGAAAAUGUUCACCAGCUGGGAUUAUUUAAUUGGGAAUCCAGAAACCGCUGAUAACAAGUUUGCUUCAAUUACCACUAGCUUUAAGGAAUCAAUAGUGGAAGAGCAAGAAAAUCGUAAAGAGGAAAAUAUUCACUUGACACGGUUCCUGCGUGUGCUGGCUAACUUCUUAGUACUUUGCUGUCUUGCUGGGAGUGGAUACCUAAUUUAUUUUGUUGUGCGACGCUCUCAAAAGUUUGCACUGGAAGGACUAGAAAACUAUGGCUGGUGGGAGAGAAAUGAGGUGAACAUGGUGAUGUCUUUGUUGGGAAUGUUUUGCCCAACUUUAUUUGAUGUGAUCAGUGCUUUGGAAAAUUACCACCCACGCAUUGCCCUUAGAUGGCAGCUUGGACGAAUAUUUGCAUUGUUCUUAGGAAAUCUUUAUACUUUUAUUAUUGCUCUUAUGGAUGAAAUAAACCUGAAGCUGGAAGAAGAAGCAGUAGUUAAGUAUAAUAUGACAAUCUGGGAGGCCAAUCUUUAUAAUGGAACUUUGUCAGAAAAUUCCACUAGACCACCUAUUGAAGUUGACCCUGCUGAUGUGCCAAGGGGGCCGUGCUGGGAGACAAUGGUUGGACAGGAAUUUGUAAGACUGACCAUCUCUGACACCAUGACCACCUAUAUAACUAUCCUGAUUGGAGAUUUUCUUCGAGCUUUGUUUGUCAGAUUUAUUAACUAUUGUUGGUGUUGGGAUCUGGAAUAUGGAUUUCCAUCUUAUGCAGAAUUUGAUAUCAGUGGAAAUGUGCUGGGUCUGAUCUUUAACCAAGGAAUGAUAUGGAUGGGGGCAUUUUAUGCACCUUGCCUUCCGGCCAUCAAUGUGCUACGACUCCAUGCAUCCAUGUAUCUUCAGUGCUGGGCAGUCAUGUGCUGCAACGUUCCACAUGAAAGAGUAUUUAAGGCCUCCAGAUCUAAUAACUUCUACAUGGCAAUGUUGUUGUUUAUCCUUUUCCUGUCGACGUUACCUGCAGUUUAUACGAUUGUCUCCAUCCCGCCUUCAUUUGACUGUGGCCCUUUUAGUGGGAAAAACCGAAUGUAUGAUGUUAUCCAAGAAACCCUAGAGAACGAUUUUCCUGCCUGGUUUGGAAAAGUCUUCAGUUAUGCUUCAAAUCCUGGAUUAAUUCUUCCUUUCAUAUUGCUCAUGGUUUUAGGAAUAUAUUACCUGCAGUCUACUUCAAAAGCCUAUAAAGCAGCUAAUAUUGAAUUAAAAAAGAAACUUCAAAAUCAAAAUGAGGAAAAUAAAAGGAAGAACAAAACUGCAGCUCUGAAAGCAGCCAGCGAGUUAGAAGAAGCCAAGAAUCUUGCUGCCCAAGCAAGACAGGAGAGCUUAGCAGUACAAAAUGGAUUUCAAGGUCAAAGAUCAGGCAACAAAGACUUUGAAAGGAACCAUCUAGGACAGAAUGGUGGAAAUUUCUAUUCCCCUAGGGAGAGAGGUGUGCGGCCUGGGAAUCUUCAUCCUCCACAUAUUGCUGUGACUUCUCCCCCAGGAAGAAGAGAGCCUGGAAUGCAUGGAUAUUUGCCAGGAAAUCCUCACCACCAUGGACCAAGAACAUCACAACUUCAUCCUCAGUAUAGACAGGGAAUCUGA